ACCCGCCAACGUCGGCAUGUCCUACUCCGAGACGAAGGCAGAUGCCCACACCAACGACACGCGCACUGCCGCCGACAUGAACACAUUCCUGCGCCUGUGGUUUGCCAAGUUUGAGGAGUUUCAGGACAACGACUUCUUUGUGGCAGGGGAGAGCUACGCGGGCGUGUAUGUGCCGCUGGUGUCUCAGGCGGUGAUGGAUGGCAACGAUGCGGGGCAGGAGCCGCGGCUGCGCCUGCGGGGCUACCUGGUGGGGAAUGGUGUGACUGAUGCGGAGUUUGAUGGCGAUGCGCUGGUCCCCUUUGCCUACGGCAAGAGUCUCAUCAGCGAGGAGCUGUAUGAGGAGGCCAUGGCCAGCUGCGGCGGCAGCUUCUGGAACGCCAGCGCCGGUACCGCCUGCGAUGACGCCAUCACCAGUGUAUACCAAGCAGUGGCGGGGCUCAACAUCUACGACGUUCUGGAGCCCUGCUACCACGGCCACAACCCCUACACCCAGGCUGACCAGCUGGGCGCGGCGGUGGCCAGCCACCGGCGGUGGCCGCUGCUGGGCGGCCUGCACGACGGACCGGUGACUGGCCUGGUGCAGCUGCUUGGGCAGCUGGGCCACACGCCGCCAUGCCUCGACAGCAGAGAGAUGUGGGCCUUCUGCAACGACCCCGCUGUGCGGCGGGCCAUCCACGCAGAGCCCAUCGAGAAGAUAGGCUCGUUUGACGAGUGCACCAACGGCGAUCGCAUCCACUACACGCACGACCGCGGCUCCAUGCUGCCGGUGCACCGCGACCUGAUCGGCAGGGGCCUGACGGCGCUCAUUUACAGCGGCGACCACGACAUGGCGGUGCCCCACACCGGCACCGAGGCCUGGACCUCCUGGCUGGGGCGCCAGCUGGGCGUGGAGCGUCCCUGGGCGCCCUGGCACACGGCCGACCACCAGGCGAGCUGCGUGGCGGGGUACACGGUGCACUACCGCGGCCUGGUCUAUGCCACGGUGCGCGGUGCCGGGCACAUGGUGCCGGAAACAAAUCCGGCCGAGGCGCUGGAGCUGUUUAGCCGCUUCCUGGCCGCCCUGCGCGUCUGAGCUCGGCAGGGCGGGCAUUCCUGCCAUAUGAAUUUUGAGAACACUGCAAUCUGUAACUUUUGAGACCCC